AUGGAUGUUGAAAUGGUUAAAUAUCACCUUUUUCAAUACGUCUUUGUUGAGAACUAUUUUGUUUGGAAAUAUCAAGGGGAAGAAGAUGCUAUUGAUGAGAUGUAUUAUGUUAAUGAUUUGCAUGGUGGAACUCAACCUGAAUUGGGAUAUGAUAAUCCGUACCGACAAAUGAUUUUGGAUGUAGCUGGUCCAAACUUUGAUCAAGGUUUGAGUCGACAAUUUCAAAGCAAUAUUGAACAUGAGUCAUCUCAUACUUAUGAAACUUCAAUGGAGGAGGAGAUCAAUCCUUCAAUAGAGGAGGCGUCUGAUCUUCCAAUGGAGGAGGAGCCUAAUCCUGAGUCUCAAAGAUUUUAUGAUUUACUACAUGCCGCUGAUGCAAAAUUGUAUCCCGGUUCCUCCGUCUCUCAACUUGACGUUGUCUCUAGGAUGUUAAACAUUAAAAUGGAGAACAACAUGUCACAGAGAGGUUACAACCAAAUGAUGCAAUUGUUGAAAGAUUCUUUACCUGAAGAUAACAUAGUGCUUGAUAACUAUUAUCAAACAAAGAAAUUGGUGCGUAGCUUGGGUUUGCCAGUUGAGAAGAUUGAUUAUUGUGAAUCAGGAUGUAUGUUAUAUUGGGGCGAUGAUGAGAACCUUACAUCUUGUAAAUUUUGUGGCAAUCAGAGGUAUAAGCGUCGUGUAGGCUCUCGUAAGCGGAAAUUGGUCCCUUAUAAGAAAAUAUAUUAUUUUCCUUUGAUUCCUAGAUUAAAAAGAUUAUAUGCAUCUCAUGCUACAGCUGCUGAUAUGAGAUGGCAUCAUGAGCAUACACACGACGAAGGAGUAAUACGUCAUCCAUCAGACUCUGAUGCUUGGAAACACUUCAAUGAAACUCAUACCUUUUUUGCCAAUGAACCAAGAAAUGUAAGAUUGGGGUUAUGUACGGAUGGUUUCCAACCAUUCAGUCAGACUGGGAGGAAAUACGCUUCGUGGCCAGUGAUUGUAACUCCAUAUAAUUUACCUCCAGGAAUGUGCAUGAAGGAAGCAUAUAUGUUCUUAACUGUCAUUAUUCCAGAGCCAAACAAUCCCAAACAUAAAAUUGAUGUUUAUCUGCAACCUCUAAUAAAUGAGUUGACCUUGUUGUGGGAGACAGGUGUAGAAGUAUUUGACAUUUCAAAAAAGCAAAACUUUCAACUAAGGGCAGCUUUGAUGUGGACUAUAAGUGACUUUCCAGCAUAUUCUAUAUUAUCAGGAUGGAGUACUGCGGGCAAGACUGUCAAAAGAUUUCCACCACCUUACAAAACAAGAGAGGAGAUUUUGAACCAAAUUUGUGACUUAGGGAUAAGGAAAGUAACUGAGUUAGAUGCAGAAGAGGUUAAUCGAAGAAUAUGUAAGUCUUGUGGAUGGAAAAAGCAAAGUAUCUUUUGGGAUUUGCCAUAUUGGAGUUCUAACAUGAUUCGACAUAACCUUGAUGUCAUGCAUAUUGAGAAAAAUGUCUUUGAUAAUGUAUUUAACACGGUUCUUAAUAUUGUUGAUAAAACCAAAGACAAUUCACAAUCACGUUUGGAUAUGGUAAACUAUUGUGAUCGACCUCAGUUGGCAAAUGAUUCAAAUGGUAAAUACCCCAAAGCUGUAUACACAAUAGACAAGGAAGAAAAAGCUAUCUUGUUUAAUUGGGUCAAAGAUUUGAAAUUUCCAGAUGGGUAUGUUUCAAAUUUGGGUAGAUGUCCAGACACAAAUACAAAAAAGCUAUAUGGCAUGAAAAGUCAUGAUUGUCACGUGUUCAUGCAAAGACUUUUGCCUAUUGCUUUUCGUGAAUUACUUCCUAGUAAUGUGUGGCAAGCACUUACAGAGUUGUGCUUAUUUUUUAAAGAUUUUACUCUAACCACUCUACGAGUGGAUGACAUGGAGAGAUUGGAAGCAGAUAUCCCACAAAUUUUGUGUAAGUUAGAACGUAUAUUUCCUCCAGGGUUCUUUGACUCGAUGGAACAUUUGCCUGUGCACCUACCAUAUGAAGCAAAGAUCGCUGGACCUGUACAAUAUCGAUGGAUGUAUCCUUUUGAAAGUAUGUACGUGCAACGUUUGCAAGAAGAAUCUCCCAAUUUAUCACAGUGUCAGAUAGAUGAGAGACUUGAGGCAUAUUUUUCUUUAUGGUUUAAGGAAUACGUCCGAUGCAAUCAUAUAGAGAAUAAAUUCUUGCGUAGCCUUGCUCAUGGACCAUUAGUAGGCGCUACAUGUCAUUCAAUGUAUUUUGUUAAUGGAUACAAAUUUCAUACAAAAUGUUAUGGUAGCGCUAGAUCAACAAUGAACAGUGGAGUUUGUAUCUCAGAUCCAAAUUUUGGUGAUUACUAUGGACGGAUAAAAGAGAUUAUACAAGUGGAAUACCGUGAAGAACUUUUAAAGCAAACUGUCUUAUUCAAGUGUGAAUGGUUUGACCCAACUAUAGAUGUUGGUGUGAAGAAGCAUAAUCAAUACAAAUUGAUUGAUGUUAACCAACGUCGUCGGUAUAAAAAGUAUGAACCUUUUAUUCUUGCAAUGCAAGCAACACAAGUGUGUUAUGUCCCAUAUCCUAGCAAGAAAAAGGACAAGAUUGAUUGGCUAGCCGUAUUGAAGGUUAAACCUCGUAAUGUUGUGGAAUUACCUGAUGAAGAAGUGGCACCAACUCCAGAACUGAAUGUUCCAUUUCAAGUCAAUGAAGUUGAAGUCCAUGAGAUAGAUAUGAAUGUUUCUGUUGAUGAAGAAAUACUCUUACAUGAUUUAAAUGGGGGUGUACUUGAAAUGGAAGAACCCAUUGAUGGGUUACAUCCAAAGUAUCAUGAAAUCCCUGGAGAAUCUAUAGAGGAGGAGUAUGAAACUGAGGAGGAGUAUGAAUCUGAAGAAACUGAGGAGAAUGAGGAAGAAUUUGAAGAAGAUUUAGAUAGUGACUAG